UCUACCCCUGGCUGACUUCAGAAUUCUUCUGGCUUUUAAAUUUUUUCUUUUAAAAAUAACUUGGACGGAUAAAAGAUGUGCCAUGGCAGGAUAGUACCAAAGAGCAUCUCCUUGUUUGCUUUGGCCUCUGUGGGACAUGGAUUAUUCUUUCCACUGGUGAUCCUCAGCACCCUCCUUGGAGACGGACUUGCCUCAGUGUGUUCCCUGCCCCCGGAGCCAGAGAAUGGUGGCUACAUCUGCCACCCCCGGCCCUGCAGAGACCCCCUGAACUCAGGCAGCGUCAUCGAGUACUUGUGUGCUGAAGGCUACAUGUUGAAAGGCGAUUACAAAUACCUGACUUGUAAGAAUGGCGAAUGGAAACCAGCCAUGGAGAUUAGCUGCCAUCUCAAUGAGGAAAAAGAUGCUCACACGUCACUUGGCGUUCCCACACUGUCCAUAGUGGCCUCCACUGCCAGCUCCGUGGCGCUCAUUCUCCUCCUCGUGGUGCUGUUUGUACUGCUGCAGCCAAAGCUGAAGUCUUUUCAUCACAGCAGGCGUGACCAGGGUGUAUCUGGGGACCAGGUCUCCAUCAUGGUGGAUGGAGUCCAGGUUGCACUACCAUCAUAUGAGGAAGCUGUGUAUGGCAGUUCUGGUCAUUGUGUGCCACCUGCUGACCCCCGAGUACAAAUUGUGCUGUCAGAAGGGUCUGGGCCCAGUGGGAGGAAUGUGCCGAGGGAGCAGCAGCUGCAGGACCAGGAAGCCUGCUCCUUUGCAGGUGGAGAGGAGGAGACCCCAGGCCAGUCUGGACUAAGUGAAGCCUGGGGCUCCCAGGGCUCAGAGACUGUGAUGGUGCAUCAGGCAACCAGCUCUUCCUGGGUGGCCGGCUCAGGGAACAGCCGACUGGCGCACAAAGAAGGCCCAGAUUCGGAGAACAGUGACAUACAAAGCCUUUUAUCUCUCACGUCGGAGGACUACACAGAUGAUAUCCCACUGUUGAAAGAAGCAUGAGGGCUGUCAUCAGCCUCUCUCCUCCCUGCGAUGGUCCUCUUUGCCUUUCCUCCCUCUCCCUGUGGGUUUGAGCACCCUGUACUCCAGCCACCUUGCCCGGAUACCUGAGCUGCCACCUGUGUAUCUGUGUAUCUGUGUAUCUCAGAGGGCCUGCAGGCCCAUCUUGCUGGAAACCCAAGGAAGAUUUUCGCCAUCUGCCUGCUGGACAGCUGGAGGAACUGGCUUUUUGCCUGGCCCAGCCCUCCCAUCUGUGUUAGGGACAUAUUUGAAGGUGUUGGGUCAAACCAUUCCUUUCCCUGAGCCCUCUGGGUCCCCUCCAGCCAGCUCUUGGGUGGCAACCCCCACCAGCCUAUGUGGGCCUAAGAGCCGCUGUGUUUACUUGUGCCUUCCCCCAACCCGUCCAGUUUUCCUGUCGCCAAGGCUUGUUGCUGUGCUACAAGCCUUAGUGGCUGCACGGCUGGCCCCUGCCCCUCAGGGGGCCCAGGUCUGGGUCUGGCCAGCUUUCCUUGGGUCUGGUACCACCACCUUUGGUGGGAACAGAUCCAGAAGUGAGAGCUGUGGAGCCUGGAGUGGCUCUGAUUGGGGCAAGAGUGUGGGCCCUAGCUUGCCCCUUGUUGAUACUGGUGGUACUUUUCCUUGGUUGAGGAUGGAGGAUGCGGAAGAUGAUGUCAGAGCCAUCCCAGCACCUGAUGUCUAGCCUAGGGGGGCUGACUCUUAGACCUGUUGAGUUUCCAGGAAGCAUCAGAAGAUUCAGAGGGAAAGAACGUGGCUGAUUGUUCUUCUAAUAUGCAAGUUCUCACUUCCUCCUUACACAUCAGCCUCCCUGGCCUUGGUGUUUGCUGUUUCCCCAAAGUAUAAGGGGAAGUUGCAUGCUGCCUCCUGGGUGUUAUCCUGGGCAGCUUUGGCUGCCUUGCUGCCCAUAGUGACCUGAAUGAAUCAUCCCUGGGACAGGAGAGUUGCUGAGAUACUACAGAAGGCCCUCUGGUCACUGGCAUGUAGGGCCCCUUUCAGAGUUUGUGCAGGGGAGGGGAGCCUGAGAGUCCCAGACUGAGCCUCCCCAGGCAGCUGCAGGCAGCAGCCCGGUCCUGAGGGUCCUCCUCGCCACAGUCACGUGCCUUAGUACCUGUGCCCAGGAAGCCUCCUGCUGCUUGCUGUGCUGCUGCUUUUCCUGCAUCUGCCCUCCCCGCCAUCCUUCCACCUGCCACAGCUGACUUAGGACUGGUCUUCCCCGGCUCCUUGGCAAGGGGCUGAGCGUUUGCAUACACCCACCCUUGUCGGCCUGCUUUGGAAGAAUGGGGCCCUGGUGUUGAAGGCGUGGACUCCGCACUCUGGUGCUUCUGCUUCAACAGAAGGCUGACAAAGUCUAGGGCUGCUGCUGACUUCAAAGGAUGUAGCAUUAAGGAAUGUUUGUUUUGUUUUGUAAGCACUGGGGCUGGACACUUGAAGCUGCCCCAGGCAACACCUCUGCCCCUCCCCCAGCCUCUGUUCAGGGUAGUAAAAAUAAUAAAGAGCCCAAAAUACUUUCAGUACCUGACCUAACAGGGUAGCUCCAGGCAUGGGCAGCCUCAGAAUCGAGGGGAAUGACCUCUCAGCCUCUGCCCCACUCUUACAUAUGCACUUUACUCUGCUCAUCCAGGCCUCUCGCCGCCACCUGUAGUCUUCCUUCCUCUCAGGGUAAGGGCAGUGCCUGCGUGCCUGUGGUCAUUCCCACUCUCCCCUUCCCCACCCAGGAGCCCUUGUGUGCUGUGCCCAUAGUGCAGGGCAGUGUGGUUAGAUAAGGAACAGGUUGGUGCAGGUGCUAGAACUAGAGCACAAGAGCCUUUGAGGAAGAGGAAGCACGUGCGGCGUGUGCACGCAGCCUGUGCCUGCAUUGGUGUCUGUCCUUGGCUUCAGGAGAGGCUGUUUCCUGCAGCUGCUGGUGCUGGUCCCAUCGGGAGGGGUGUCAGUGAUGGUGCCAAACUGCCUCACCACAAAUGGGCUCUCCUCCCACCAUGGUGCCCCCUGUCUGCCUCAGAAAGAAAAUAGGGACAAGUGGUGGCAAAGCCAGUCUCAUACCGAAGUUGCAGCUUUUAUUUCCAGUCCUGUAAAAUCUGUAUUCUAGAGUGUGUUUUUAAUGAAAGAUCUUACCUAGUUUUUUUUUUAUGUAUCAUUUCAUUUUGAGUUUAUUCAGCUUAACCCUUAAAAAGUAAAAAGCCUGCCUUAUGAAGCUGCCUACUACCUAGCCCGCCAUUAAAUUACCCGAGUCACAAGCCCAGACUUGCUUACCUGAUAGGAGAAGAAAAAGCCUGGAGCCUCCCCACUGUACCCUACCCCCACUGGCUUUGAUGAGGCCCACCUCAGGGCCUCUGGGCCUGUGGGUGCAAGAAUCAGGCCUCCCGUUGCUGCUGACUUCUUUUUAGGCUUCUCACAGUUAGUUUGCUUUUCCCUGAAGCAGUUUGCUUAGCUGUCAGCCAUGUGUGCUGCUGUUUCUAGGGCUUCUGGGCUUUGUCCUCUGGGAGGGAUUAGGGACUCCACAGCUGCCUUGAGGUGGGGCCUGUUUUGAAGGAGGCUGCCAGAGGAUCUGGAGCAGGUGGGGAAAUUAUCCAUAGCCUCUUCCCCGUUCACCUCCAGCAGAGGGCUUGUCCAGAGAACAUGAUCAGCACCAAAAGGUGAUAAAAAGGUGUUUUUGCACAUGGGAGGUGAACUAAUACAGGUUUUGUAUCCUGACAAAUUGUAGUCACAUCCCACUGACUUUCACAGGCCAGUAUAUGGUGAAAAUCGCCCAGAAUUCAUCCCUUUCAAUGCCACUUUAGAAGGUAGGCUCUGAAGUUUGUGUGUGGUAUUCCCAUUUCACUGGGUAUAAGCUGUGAAAUGGACGGAAUCUUGGCACUUCAAGUCCUUUUGGUUUUAUAAGGCAUUUAUGUGCAUUGUAACACUCCAGUUGCAAAAGGAGCUUCCCUGUUCAUCUUGCCCUCCUCCCCUCACUGUCCCUUCCACUUUAAAGUUCUGUGGAGAAGCUGGAUGGCAAGACAAAGGUAUACUUUUCCUGCUUCAUUAGUAGUGGCACAGGGACAGAUGACACGCAACCCUUCCCCCCACACCACCACCCAGCUUUGCUCUCAAACCACUUGCUGCCACACAACAGUGUCACAGCCAUUCCCAGAGAGUGGCCCUUGCAGAAAAGAUGGAAUAUGCUGUGUGAGUAUUUCUACAUCCUUGCUUGGCCUUUUUUUCCCCUUGAAGAAAAAGUGCCUAGUAGGGAAGUAGUACUGGGGCUUGGCAGCUUAGUUCCAGAUGUGCUUGCUGAAGACAGCGAGGCUGGUCACUGAGCUUGUGGGACCUGCUGAGACUCGUGGCUCUUGGCUUAGGGACAGUCAUUUCUGGCGCCCUGGGAGGGGCAUGGGAUUUCACUUGUAGGUGUGUGGACUGAGUGGUACCGUAGCGGAUUCCCCAGCGAAAGGCAGCAGGCUCAGCUGUGCUGGGAAGCAGGAGCUCUUAAUCUCCAGUGGAAAAUCUUGUCGAAUAUUGAACAAAAAUGUCCAGGUGGCACCCUCUGCUAGACAGCAGAGUUGCUGGAGGGGAUGCAGUGGCAGCACACUCGCCUUGCCAGGCAGGGAGGAGAGAUGGCCACGGGUCACAUGGAGGCCCACUACACCUGCCCUGAACUCUUACCGCACCACUAUGGAAUCCUUUGCAGAAUGGUACUCAUAUGUAAUGGUUUAAAACGACACAUGCAUCAUUGGCUCUGUGCAGGAUGUCAAUCAACUUCGGUUUGCUUUAUUUUAUUUUAUAUAUGUAUUUUUUGGUAUCCUGUACAAUGCAGUGGGUGUGAAGAUAGUAUUUUAAUAUUUGUACAAAGUUUAAUUUAAUUUUAAUUGUUCUAUGUAUAUAACUGCAUUUCUA